CCCGGGUGACCGAGCUUCUCACCCUAUCUCUGAAAGGUAUCGGAUCUUCUGGUUGUUCAGGGAAAAAAUCAGCAGCCCAGAGUAUCAAGAGUUCACGUUCAGGACCAAAGAAUGGAACAUGGUCAUUCCUGACAUGUCAUCAUACAAUCAGCCCAGAAUCUUGGUGGGACGUACGGAUGUGGUAUCAGUGACCCCAUGGUUGGCACCCAUUGUCUGGGAAGGCAUCUUUGACCCAGUGCUCAUUGACAACAUCUACAAGCCCAUGAACCUCACCAUAGCCACCACAGUGUUUGCUGUAGGAAAAUAUGUCAGCUUCCUCAAAGAUUUCCUGGAGACUGCGGAGAAACACUUCAUGAUCAACUUCAGGGUGCGCUACUAUGUUUUCACUGAUCGUCCCAAUGAAGUUCCUUCAGUGAACCUGAGUGGAGGGAGACAUCUGACAGUGAUCUCAAUCCCAGGUUCAAACCGCUGGCAGGAGAUUUCAGCACAGAGGAUGAAGAUCAUCCACAACACCAUCGAAACUCAGAUCCGCAAGGAGGCCGACUACCUCUUCUGUCUUGAUGUGGACAGCAAGUUCCAUUUUCGUUGGGGUUCAGAGUCUCUUGGAAGGCUGGUGUCUGUGAUUCACCCAGGCUACUAUGAUACAACUCGUAACAACUUCCCAUAUGAACGGCGUCCAGCCUCGAAGGCCUUUAUGUCCAUGGACCAGGGUGAUUAUUACUAUGGUGGAGCCAUGAUCGGAGGGCUUGUGGAGGAUGUGUACAAACUAACUAAGGAAUGUCAGAAAAGAUUUGAAGAGGAUGCCAAGAAUUCCAUCGAGGCCGCUUGGCAGGAGGAGAGCCACCUCAACAGGUACCUGUACUACAACAAGCCCAGCAAGGUGUUGUCUCCAGAGUAUCUGUGGCAAGACUUCAAGGCCAGAACAAAAGAAGUCAAAGUGAUUCGCUUCUCUGGGGUCAUUAAAAACUAUGCUGCAAUUCGUCCCAAUGAAUAAAACUAAAAUGUGGAUAGAGAAAUUAAAUAACUCAUUAGAUAAAAUGCAUUCAUUGAAACCAAAGAUGUAAUCUUAUACCAAUGGUUUUCUUUUCUUUUUACCAAACCUUAACAAUGUUGACUAUUUUACUUUUGAAUGACCAAUGCCAAUGCAAUCAAUUGGAUUACAUGCAAUGGUAUCAACAAAGAAAGUGGAGAACACCACUUAGCUUUGUACACUGUGGCCAGGCUACAUGAUCUGUGAUUUCAGUGAAUAUGGUUGGUCAAGACAUGGUCAGAGCUUGCUUUACCACUCCUGUGUGAAAGACAAAAUGAAGUUGGACAGGAGCUGAGAAUUCAUCAGGCAAACCGGUAAAAAAACGGCCACUUUUCGGCUUAAAUAAAAUGCUUUUCUAAAUCGAAAGUGGAGCAGCUGCACAUGUUUGAAAGGUUCUGUGGUAAAGUGACCUCGCCACAUGUUAACUGGCUGCAUGGAAUCGCUACUCAGAAUGGUGCUGACCCUCACUUUUAAUUUAGUUCAUUAAAACACAAUGACUGGUUAUUUUAGGUUAUAUUGAAGUUUAGGUUUAUGAUUGUGGGCAAUGGUGGGAUUCUGUUACUGCUUCACAGUUCAGCUGUGUCAUUUGUUUGAGGAAAAGUAUAGUUUGUUUUGUGAGAAAAAGUGACUGCCAGUGAUUGCUAGUCAUAAUUUCCUGUAGAUGCUUCAGCCUCUGUUGCAUUAACUGGACUAUUCAGAAAUCUAGAGAAGUAACAUUUGUAUAUAUUCUGCUGUUGCUCUUGGUCAACUGCUGUUUGUAGGUACAAUCAAUGUCAAACACUGUGCUCUCUCUAUUUCAUUCUUUUCAAAUGUAUUAAAAAGUGGAAAACUA